CCCUUUCCCGGAAAAGCAAAAGAAAAAGCAAUGUAUAACAUCCCUUAGAAAAUAUAAUGGAAAGAAUGAAUUGUUUAUUUACUAGUGGCCGCCUCGAACCAUGUGCCCAAAGAGUUCAUAAUCAUAACUCUCCGGCAAAUAGUUGACUUCUCCACCCUCAUCGGACAAUGGUUAGCAUCUUCAGAAGAAGAUUCUUAUAGUUUAAUGCCAUCUUUUGACUCAAAUAUCCAACUUCCUUAUUCACUCCUUCCCCUAUAAAAAUCUUUCAUCUUUUGCUCUUACUGCAAACGUAUGAUCACAAACCACUGCGACUAGUUUCCUUCUUUUCUUUUUUGUUGAAUCUUUUGUUUAAUUCCCGGUUCACUUACUGCUGGUCAGUACUUGUUUUCUAUUCUUUUCUUUUUCAUUGUAUUUUUGUAUUGUUUCUUGCUGUACUUUUGAAAGCGUUUCUUUUGAACUGUGGAUUAUACUAAAUGACAAAACCCUGCUAAAGAUAAUUGUGUUUGUUGGCUGAUUUUAAGUUAUAGAUAUUUGGUGGGAUGGUAGGAUUAAGAUUUAUCUUAUCUGCAAUUGCGUUGCUUCUUGCUAUUCUUCUUCAAGAAGCAAGAUCACAAGGAGGUCAACCUUUCUCAAGAAUUGCUUUUCAUAAGACCACAUUUUCUCUUAAUGGCAACGCUUAUGUUAAAGCUUCUCCUUCAAUUCUUGGAAUAAGAGGACAAAAUUCAGAGUGGAUAACAGUGGAGUAUACUUCUACAAAUCCAUCUAUUGCUGAUUGGAUUGGAGUAUUUUCUCCAGCCAAUUUCAGUGCUUCCAGUUGCAACCCAGAAAGCUCAAGCUCAAAAGUUGCUCCUCCAUUUCUGUGUUCUGCACCCGUCAAGUUUCAGUAUGCAAACUACAGUAGCCCAGGAUACAAAGAUACGGGAAAAGGGUCAUUGAGGCUUCGGUUAAUUAACCAGAGAUCAGACUUCUCCUUUGCUUUGUUUUCUGGAGGUUUGGGAAAUCCAAAGCUGGUGGCAGUCUCAAAUAUAGUGGCUUUUGCAAAUCCAAACGCACCAGUUUACCCCCGCUUAGCACAAGGAAAGAUAUGGAAUGAGAUGACUGUUACAUGGACAAGUGGAUAUGGAAUCAACGAAGCAGAACCUUUUGUUGAAUGGGGUCCAAAAGGAGGAGAUCUUAAGCGUUCCCCAGCUGGAACACUGACAUUUACUCCUAACAGCAUGUGCGGUUCCCCAGCGAGGACAGUGGGGUGGCGUGAUCCUGGAUUCAUACAUACUAGCUUCUUGAAGGAGUUAUGGCCCAAUGUUCUGUAUAAAUAUAAGCUUGGACAUAAAUUGCUCAAUGGUACAUAUAUCUGGAGCCAAGAUUACCAGUUUAGAGCAUCUCCAUAUCCCGGUCAAAGUUCUCUACAACGUGUAGUCAUUUUUGGUGACAUGGGAAAGGAUGAAAUUGAUGGUUCCAACGAAUAUAACAAUUUUCAGCAUGGUUCCCUUAACACUACCAAGCAGCUUAUACAAGACUUGAAAAACAUUGAUAUAGUCUUCCACAUUGGAGAUAUAUGUUAUGCAAAUGGAUACAUUUCACAGUGGGACCAGUUUACUUCACAGGUUGAGCCAAUUGCAUCAACUGUUCCUUACAUGAUAGCAAGCGGUAACCAUGAACGUGACUGGCCAGGAACAGGAUCUUUUUAUGGGAACACGGAUUCUGGAGGAGAAUGUGGUGUACCGGCUCAGACAAUGUUCUAUGUACCUACUGAGAACAGGGAUAACUUCUGGUACUCUACUGAUUAUGGGAUGUUCAGAUUCUGCAUAGCCGACACGGAACAUGAUUGGAGGGAAGGAACAGAACAAUAUAAAUUCAUCGAGCAUUGCCUUGCUUCUGUGGAUAGACAGAAACAGCCAUGGCUGGUUUUUCUUGCUCAUCGGGUGCUAGGUUAUUCUUCAGCUAGCUGGUAUGCUGAUGAAGGAUCAUUUGAGGAACCAAUGGGAAGAGAGAGCCUUCAGAAACUCUGGCAGAAAUACAAGGUUGAUAUAGCCAUAUAUGGCCAUGUGCAUAAUUAUGAGAGAACAUGCCCCAUUUACCAGAAUAUAUGCACCAAUCAGGAGAAACAUAGUUAUAAGGGUGCUUUGAACGGAACAAUACAUGUGGUAGCAGGUGGGGGAGGAGCAAGCCUCGCAGACUUUACCACCAUUAAUACGACAUGGAGUUACUUCAAGGACCAUGACUACGGAUUUGUGAAACUUACAGCAUUUGACCACUCUAAUCUUUUGUUCGAGUACAAGAAGAGCAGGGAUGGCAAGGUGUACGAUUCCUUCAAAAUAUCCAGGGAUUACAGAGACAUCUUGGCCUGCACGGUUGACAGUUGUCCAAGUACAACAUUGGCAUCUUGAAUUUCACUCUGUUGCUGAUGAAGAAAAUUGAUGAAUGCCUGUUGUGAAUCAACAUAUUGCAGCAUCAGCAAAGUUGCAUGAUCAUGUACUGACCGGUUAAAAAUGUGAAUAAAUAAUAGUUCUUUUUUCCUUUUCUGA